GCUCUAUGGCCUAUAAAAGCAUUGUUUACAAAGUGUAACUGUACUAUAAUGUCGCCAAAAAAGCAUUGUUGUUGUUUUUUUUUUUUGACCUGGAAACUGGCACCUUUACUUUGUUUGGUGCCAUAGAUAUACUAUAAAAAAAAAGUAUACAUUUGCCGCCAUUUUCCCGCGCGUUGGAAAAUAAAUUGGAAUUUUUUUGUGUUUCGUUUAAAAUUACGUCGUCGUAGAAAAAGUAUUGUAUGCAACGUUGUAUAACUAGGUCAAAAAAUGCUCGUGGCGUCUCUUAUUGCGAUGUUCGCCAAGGCUCACAUCGCAACUCACGCCACUCGCAUUUUUUGACCCUUCUUAUACAACUGUUGCAUAAAAUACUAUAAUUUACGUUGUCUUCUUAUGUUAUCCAAGUAAAUGCCUACAGUGCAAUAAAGAAGUUAAAAGACAGGUGAAAAGAUGUCGUCUCGCGGUCGAGGUUAUGGGGGUUAUGGAGGGCGAGGCGGUAGCGGACGCGGCAACGGGUACCGAGGCUCCUACCGCGGCACCAACAAUCGAGGCUCCUACGAAGGUCGUGGAGGCCGCGGCGGUGGAAGCUAUUCUUCUUAUAACAAUGACUCCCGUUAUACUACCAGCGGUGGAAAUAGAUACUCUUCGCGUGACCGAAUUGACGAGUCGUAUAAAAAAUCUUAUAGAUCGGAAAGUUCAGCAGCUUACUCCAACAGAGAUUAUGGUGGUCGAUCGGGAUCACCUGAUCGCAAAAGAAUGAGGAUGGAGGGUUCCUCGAGCGAUAGACGUAGCCAUGAUGGCGGUGGCCACUAUGGCAGCUCUUAUGGCGGUAGACAAGACGGGUACAGCAGCGAGAGAAGAUCGUUCGGUGGCGAAGAUAGAAGACGAUCGCCGAACCGAGAAAGCUACCGCAAGCCGAGCGGUAUGGGCCCGCCACGAGAGCCACCUCGCAGCUCAGUGCGGCCGCGCGCGCCUCGUCGUUCAUUCAGAGGCCGCACGAUGCGCUCGCGUGCUUCGUACAGAGGCGCGCCACGCUCACGGGGCACCUUUUCUUCUAGGCGAUUUGGCGAAAGAUCGCUUGGUUACACCCGUGCGUUCAGGUCUAUCAAAGGCCGAAGCCCGGUGAAAUCCAAAGAUGAGGAAGAAGAGGAAGCUUCUUCCACUGAAGAAGAUUGGGAUGCUGAUGAAAAAGAGGAAAUUGUUGAGGAGAAAAAGGAAACAAAGAUCAAAUCUCCGAAGCCAACUGAAGCCGAAGGUUCAGAAGGUGAAGCGGCUGAAGCUGGAGAGGACACCGACAAGGAGCCGGAUGCGGCGUCCGAUGCGCCGCCGCCGCCGCCGCGUACCCGAGCUUACGUGCACUUGUCGUGCGUGCACUGCAAGGAAAAAUGUGCCACUUUUGCGGGAUACGCCAAACAUCUGAUGUCGAAUAAGCACCGCUUGGCUAUGAGUGGCGUGGCGCGGCGGCAUAAGGCCCAGUUGCUGCGCAUGCGCGUGGCUCAGCGCGGUGCUCAGCGCGAGCUGGAGGCUGGCGCCGGCGCCGAGCUGGCGCAGCGCACCACGUUCUGCCUCGUGUGUCGCCUCAACCACCGCACCACGCGCCACGCACACAACCUCACCGACACGCACCGCGCCAUGAAGCGCUUCCUUAUGCCUUUCUGCCGUAUUUGUCGCAUCACCUUCCGCUCGCCAAUGAUGUAUGAGCACCACAUCUGUUCCUUGGACCAUCUAAAGCGUAAAGCAAGUCAAUCUACACGUCGGGCUAGUCCCAAGAUUGCCGAACCUGAAGAAGGAAGCGGCGACGAAGGAAUGGAUGUGGAUUUGGAUAACUUCAUGACCCUGGACUCUGUUGGUGAUGUAGAUGAAGUCGAAGAUGACGACUCCGGUGGCGAGAAGAAAGACGAAGCAACUACAAAAAAUGUUAAGGUGGAAAUAAACAUCGGAAGUGAGCAUAUUAAGAAAAUGGAGGUGUGGUGGUGCGAGCUGUGCAGGCUGUACCUGCCGCGCGCGGACUCGGGCAGCUCGGAGGAGGCGGAAGCGCUACGCCGCCACUGCCGCCUGCGCAUACACCUGAGCCGCUACGUGCAGCACCGCGACACGCGCACGCUGCGCAAACAAGCGGAGCGCAUACACCGCCAGCUACACCAACAGAAAGAGGAAGAAAAGGAACCUGCUGAAGAAGCUGCUAGUGACAUAAAAGAAGAGAAACCAGACUCACCAGAAGAGGGUAAGAAGAAACUAGAGAACGGCACUGACGCGGCCAACGCCUCCGGAAGCGAAGACAAGUUAUGGGCAGAUGUUGACAAAGAUUUGGGCGAGUUUCUGAGUGAAGUAGAUCCUCCAGGCAAUGAAGGCAGUGAUGAUGAAGAAGACCUUGGCAGAUAUGAUAAAUUCCGUAAGAGCGAUAAGAAAGCCAAAAAUGGCGAAGGAGAAGAGGCUGAACCCAGUGCUACAGAAACUGUCACUGAAAAAAAGAACAAUGAAGUAAACACACCUGCUUAAGUAAGAUACAUUAGCAGGGUGAAGCUAGCUCUAAUUAUUAGGUUACACUUACGUACGAUCAUGGGCAUUUAACAUACAAGUUAUGCUUCUGACCAUAAUAUGUAGCAACUAUAAUUCAUAAAUAUUCACUACAUAGUAUUAGGGACUACUUACUUUUAAAUUAAUACAUUAUGAAGUAUGUUAAUAAUAAUUUAAUUAUAGUCUUACUUACCUUGAUGGGUAUCAAGUCUUGUAUGUAUUCAAAUAAAUUGUAAUUACAGAAA